AUGAAGAUGUACACAGCAGUCAUAACUCUGUCGUGGUGUCUUCUGUUAGGUUUAGCCACUUUGACCGCAACUUUCGCUGAGAGUAGCAAAAAAUCGACGAAGUAUUCUUACGAUAGUCAACGAAAGAUUUGGGCUUUGCUCGUGGCUGGUUCGAAAGGUUACAGCAACUACCGACACCAAGCCGACAUAUGCCACGCUUACCACGUGCUCCACAAACAUGGCGUUCCUGACGAGCGCAUCGUAGUCAUGAUGUACGAUGACAUCACCAAGGCCCAAGAAAAUCCAACACCAGGAGUGAUCAUCAAUCAUCCCAAUGGUACGGAUGUAUAUAGGGACGUUCCUAAAGACUACACAGGGGACCUCGUCACCGCGAAAAAUUUUAUUAGCAUUCUACAAGGCAAAAAAGUGAAAGGCGGCAGCGGGAAGGUCAUAUCGAGUGGCCCGAAAGACCACGUCUUCCUCUACUUCGCGGGUCACGGGGCACCUGGUCUUCUAGUAUUUCCCAACGACGUUCUGCACGCUCAAGCCUUCAUGAAUGUGAUUAAAAGCUUGAACAAAAGGACGUUCGCCAACAUGAUCAUUUACGUAGAUGCUCCCGAAUCUGGUUCAAUGUUUGAUGGCCUGUUAACCGCCUCUUAUAGCGUCUAUGUCCUAACCGCGGCUAACCCUUACGAGUCCUCAUACGCUUGCUAUUGGGACGCAAAAAGACAAGCGUACUUGGGUGACUUAUUCAGCGUCAGCUGGAUGGAAGAUGCUGACAAGAAAGACCUGGGAAAGGAGACGCUCUUCAGUCAAUUCAAUGUGGUGAAGAACAAGACCUACACAAGCCACGUCAUGGAGUACGGAAACAAGCAGAUCAGAAAACUUUCUGUCAGCGAAUUCCAGGGUAAAAAGAAGCCGAGUCCAAUCAUGCUACCAAAGGCAUCAGAUGAUGCUGUCCCAAGCCAGUACGUCCCCAUUGCCAUCAUAAGAAAUAAACUGGAAAGGGCAUCUGACCCUAAAGAAUUGAAUUCUUUGAAAGCCAAGCUGCGCCGAACGCUAAGAAACCGAUUAUUCCUCAAGAAUAAGGUCGCCAAGAUUGCCUCUUUCGUUGCCCGAGGUAAGUCGAACGAAGCCGACAUAGUACUGACAUCCCAGCGGCAGCUUACCAAGUAUGCUUGCUACGAGAAGGCAGUGAGGCAAUUCAGUGAACGGUGCUUCGACCUCUCGCGAAAUCCCUACGCCUUUCAGCAUCUGCGAGUUCUCAUGAACAUUUGCGAGUUGUCAUACAGCAGUUUGGACAUCACUGAAGCCAUGGACGUGUUGUGCACGCACCCUAAUGUCGAGGAUAUUGUCUGA